GAAUGAAUCAGAAUUAUUUGGAAGAACAAUACGAGUAAAUUUGGCAAAACCCAUGCGAUUAAAGGAAGGUUCUUCUAAAGCAGUGUGGUCUGAUGAUGACUGGCUCAAGAAAUUCUCUGGAAAAACACUAGAAGAAAAUGAAGAGGCUGAUGGGACAGAAGCAGCCAAACCAACAGCACAUGAGGGAGAGCCACCCACUAAAAAAGUUAGAGCCAAUCCUCAAGUUUAUAUGGACAUCAAAAUCGGAAACAAGCCUGCUGGGCGUAUCAGAUUUUUACUGCGUGCUGAUGUUGUUCCAAUGACAGUAGAAAACUUCCGCUGUCUCUGCACUCAUGAAAAGGGAUUUGGUUUCAAGGGUAGCAGUUUCCACAGAGUCAUUCCACAGUUCAUGUGUCAGGCAGGAGACUUUACAAACCACAAUGGGACAGGAGGGAAAUCCAUCUAUGGAAGGAAGUUUGAUGAUGAGAACUUUAUUCUGAAACACACAGGACCAGGUUUGCUUUGUAUGGCAAAUUCUGGUCAAAAUACAAAUGGAUCCCAAUUCUUCAUCACAUGUGACAAGACGGAUUGGCUUGACGGGAAACAUGUAGUGUUUGGAGAAGUUAUGGAGGGAAUGGAUGUGGUGCGUCAGAUGGAGGCACAAGGAAGCAAAGAUGGAAAACCUAAACAGAAAAUCAUUAUUUCAGAUUGUGGAGAAUAUGUAUGA